AUGUUGGCCUUGACUCUGGAGAGGUUGAUGAUCAACAAGUCUUUUUCCAUUUUAGGAGAUAAGCCUACAAAUGAGGAAAGGAGAACAUAUGAGGCCUUUGAGACUGAUAACUUGAUGGCAAAAACCAUCAUGUCAGCUUUCAUGAAAGAUGACCUGAUCAAGGUGUUUGAGGACAGUUCAAUUGCCAAGGAGAUGUUUGACUUUAUCUCCUCAAAGUAUAACACCACUACAACUAUGCAUAUUCAGCUACUUCUAGAACAAUACAACUCAUAUAAAAUGAAUGAGCCAGCUAAAAUGGUUGACCAUGUUAUUAAGAUGUUAGUCAUGGCUAAAGACCUAGCUGUAGUAGGAAAUGUAAUAUCUGAUAACAUGCUGAUCUCUACCAUCCUGAAUAGCUUGCCACAUUCUUGGGAGAUGGCAGUCACUACCUUGAGUCUCCAAUUUAACACUCUAACUUUAGAGAAGCUCCUCUUACAAUUAGCUAUUCAGCAAGAACAUCUGGCCAAAAGAAAAGAUGUAGAAUUAAUGACAGUUCAUGAUAAAUUUGCUAGUAGUCAUAUACUUGUAAUACCCAAACAAUUUAAAAAGAAAAAUGAUGGCAAGUUUAAGGACAACUUAUAG